UUUAGAAACCUUCGAGGAAACAAACUUUCCAAAAUAUCUCAAUCUGUUUUCGCUGACCUUCAGAGUUUGGAAACGAUAAAGGUAGACAAAUUCAUUCACUGCUGCUAUGCUGAAAAAGCCAUAACUGGUGUGAAGUGUGAGUCCUUGGAAUCCAAUGAAUUCUCUAGCUGUGAUGACUUAAUGAAGAACACUGCUCUAAGAAUAUUCCUCUGGAUUCUUGGCUUAAGUGCACUGGUUGGCAACUUACUAGUCAUUUGCAAAAGGAUUUCCGGCAAAGAAAUGAGACGGAACACUAACUCUCUGUUGCUGACAAACCUUGCAAUUUCAGAUUUCUUAAUGGGAGUUUACCUGAUUACCAUCGCAUCAUUUGACGUCAAAUGGAAAGGAGAGUACUUCAGACAUGAUGUACAUUGGCGAUCAGGAGUUGGGUGUCGCAUAACGGGAAUGAUGUCGAUGCUUUCAAGCGUGGUGUCUGUAGCUUUUCUGGCGAUUGUUACGUAUGACCGACUUAUCUGCGUUGUUUUUCCAUUCACUGUCAAAAGGCUCAGUUGGAGAAAAGCUUUGUGUAUCUGUGGCUGUGUGUGGAUUGUUGGUCUGGUGACUUCAAUCAUCCCGAUCUUUGAUUUUGAUUAUUUCCUAAACGACGAAGACGAUUUCGGUUUUUACGGAAGAUCUUCGGUAUGUUUGCCUGUACAGCUUUCAUCAGACCUUCAAGCGGGAUGGGAAUACUCGGUGGGGCUCUUCCUUGCAUUUCCAUUCGUUGCCUUYAYRUUUAUGCUWAUUGCUUAUAUYGCAAUCAUAAAGACAGUACAGAAGUCAGCAAAUGCAGUYCGAUCAACKGCUGUCAACAGAGAAUCUUCUCUAUCAAAGAAAGUUGCAUUCAUCAUCCUUACUGACUUUCUUUGCUGGAUGCCUGUUAUUAUCAUCAGUUUUCUUUCUAUUACCGGCAUCUACAGCGACCCAUCUAAACAAAUGUACGUAUGGAUUGCAGUAUUUGUUUUGCCAAUCAACUCGUCCAUCAAUCCUUUCCUUUAUACCUUCUCAACUAUCACCAGCACACAAAAAAGCCAAGGACCCCCAAAAAGGUUACCGAAAUCUACAGAGAACACUUCUGAACUUCAUAGCGCAAAAUCUGAGAUAAAGAAGAGGAUAAAGAUUUCCUACAGAAUACACCUGGUAGAAAAAGUUGACAUCCAAACAAACUUUGACGGAGUGGUUAGUAAACCAAAGCUAAUUAUUACAUGA